AUGCAAUCCCCUUCCUUGUAAAAACAAUCAGAAAAUUCAUAAAAAAGUGAUUAGUACAUACAGGGUUGGCUUCCAGUUAAAAGUGAUAUUGAAUAAUCAAUAAUAUCAUAUUUAGAUUCUCUUGGAAUCAAUCAACUAAUUUUGGUUGACAAAUUUUCAAAUCAAAAACGAAAUUCAUUGUUGUCAUUAGAAAAUGUUGGAACUCCUAAAUCAUAAAAAAUCCUAUCUCUUAAUCUUGAUUCUGAACUCGUAUAGAGAAGAAGCUUCAGAUAUUCUUCAGAUUAGAUUUGA